AUGUAUUUUAAUCAGCAAUGUUUUGAUCCACUCUCUUGCAGAACUAUCAAUGACUACGCGCUCAACCCGAAUCAGCACUUGAAGCACACGAACAACAGCCACAACUACAACAUUAAGCUAAAUAAGCUGCACAGCAGCAGCAGCAAUAUUAGUCACAGCACCAACAACAACAACAUUAACAACAACAACAACAACAAUAUUAAAAGCAAAAGCAAUCACAAUCUGAGCAGAAUGCAUGCCCAUCAGCUGGACUCGUACUUGGCGGGCAUGCCCAUCGGCCUGAACAUGUCCGGGCCAAUGCAUCCGGGUUCGAUUUCUGGCAACGAAAGACCCAACGGAGGCGCACUGGCACUGCACUAUGCGGCGGCAAGGGGCUGCCUGGACUGCGUUCAGCUGCUGGUAGCCGCAUCUGUAGACAUUUGAAGUCAUAUUUAUUAAAC